AUGAUUAUUGAUAUAUUUUUAUCGAUGUUACUCUGCAUACGUUGUCAGCUGUUCCUCAACGAAGUAAAAACUACUAAAAAAUUAUCAACAAGUGUUAUGGCGCUACAUAUUUCUGGGCCGUUAAGAGAGAAAGCUAAAAGAAUGUGGGAAAUUAUAGAAAAGACGCCGCCAAAGUUCUCUGUUUACGGCAUGUGGGAUAUGGAUGCGUCCCUUCUGCUAAAAAUUAUUCACCUUCUAUCUACCCUCAUUAUAACUGUGUUGCAAUUCACUUUGUUAUAA